AUGGCGAACAUUGAAUACAUACAACUGCGGCUCUCAGUUUUUUCCUUUUGUUUUGAUAUUUGUUUUAUAUUUUUUGUUUUGUUUGCUUUGUUGUUUACUUUUUCUUUUUUGUUUUCUUUUUGUUUUCUUUUUUGUUUUCUUUGUUUUUUCUUUUUCUUUUUUUUUCUCUUUUUUGUCUUGUUUUUUGUUUUUCUUUUUUGUUUUCUUUUUUGUUGUUUUCUUUUUUCUUUUGUGGUUGUUUUUUCUUUGUUGUCUUUUGUUUUUCUUUUUUGUUUGUUUUUCUUUUUUUGUUGUUUUUUGUUUGUUUUUCUUUGUUUUUGUUUAUUUUUUUUGUUUGUUUUUGUUUUUGUUUUUUUUCUUUUGUUGUUUUUUGUUUUUCUUUUGUUUUUCUUUUGUUGUUUUUUGUUUUUCUUUUGUUUUUUGUUUGUUUUUGUUUGUUUUUCUUUUGUUGUUUGUUUUUCUUUUGAUUUUUUGUUGUUUGUUUUUUCUUUGUUUUUUUUUUUGUUUUUUCUUUUUUUUGCUGUUUUUUGUUUUUUCUUUGGUUUUUUUUUUUGCUGUGUUUUGUUUGUGUUUCUUUUAUUUCUUUUGUAUUCUUUGGGGGUUUUGUUUUUGUUCUUUUUGGUUUUUGUUUUUUGUAUCGACUGCACGGUUGUGAAUAAACACUGGGGAAGGUUCAAUGAAGUCACUAACUGUGAAAUAACUCCGCGUCUCGCUCUGUCUUACUCUCGUGUCUCUGACUAUCGACUUUCUCCUACUGCCAAUCUCUUCCUAUGA